UUUUGUGUGACUCUAGGCCGGAAGUUGUUGGUGGCUACGUUGAUUUUGAGGCACUUUAUCAUUAGACCACUGUUGUGCAAAUUUGGCCGAACGCAGGUGGAAAAAAAUGUCGUUUUGUUCCUUCUAUGGUCGGGAGGUUUACAAAGACCACUUCAAACCAGGAAUUUACGCGUGUGCAAAGUGUGACCAUCAUCUUUUCACCAGCCGCUCCAAGUUUGAACAUUCAUCUCCUUGGCCCGCCUUCACGGAGACCGUGCAUCAAGACAGUGUGGCCAAACAUCUGGAGAGACCUGGAGCCUUCAAGGUGUCAUGUGGCAAGUGUGGAAAUGGCCUCGGCCACGAGUUUGUCAACGACGGGCCGGCCAGAGGCUUGUCUCGUUUUUGAAUAUUCAGUAGCUCACUGAAAUUCAUCCCUAAAGGGGCAGUACAAUACACAGACAAACGAAUACAUUUGCAGCUUGACUCAGCAAGCUGCAGUCUAAAAUGGUUUUCAAAGAGGAGAAAGCCAACAAAGUUGAUGGAUAGCAAAGUGAGCGCACAGGAGGAAAUGCUGCUUGAUGCGUAAACGUUUCUGGAUGCCCCAAAAUGUGUGGACAGCGAAUGAAGCGCUCUGGGGAAAAGCCCAAUGGGAACACCAGAGUUCGGAUGGACAGUGGCCACUCUGAACUGCAGCAACAAAGAGCUUUUUAUUUUAAUGUUUAAGAUUCAGGAAAACAAUGCUUGGCUAACCUUUACACUAGGUCUUUAAGUUAUUGUAUUUGGUGAUGAAUUUGAUACUUAAACUAUAUUUUCUCCCUUCUCACAAUAUUAACACUUAAAUCUUCAGUUGGGGGCAGUUAUGUGAAACCAUGCACUGAAGCAACAUAAUAUUUAAAACUUUACUUUGGUAACCUAAUAUUUAAAACUUUACUUUUGUCUUGAUGAAAACAAGCACAGCUUUGCUUCUUGAAUAAAUAUAUUUAAUUAACCAA